AUUAUGUACAAUGCAAGAUGUUUAUUUUCGCUGCAUCUGUUCUAGUUGAUAUGCGCGGAGUUGUGUGUAAAAUAAUUUUGUGGUUUUUUAGUUAAUAGAAAAACCGAAAAAUGUCUACCUCAAUCGAAAUCCCUCUUCGGGAUACCGACGAGGUAAUUGAGUUGGACCCAAAUCAACUUCCAGAAGGGGAUGAAGUAUUGGGUAUUCUCCGCCAAGAGAAUACCCAGCUUUCAAUAUGGGUCAAUCUUGCCUUGGCAUAUUACCAGCAAGAUAAAAUCGAAGACUUCUUGAAGAUACUCGAGGCCUCGCGCACUGACGCGAAUACCGAUUACAGAGACUAUGAAAAGGAUCAAAUGCGUGGUCUCGAUAUGCUUGCUGCAUAUUAUGUGCAGGAAGCAAACCGUGAAAAGAAUAAGGAUAAGAAGAGAGAACUUUUUACAAAAGCCACCCUUUUGUAUACGACAGCUGAUAAAAUUAUCAUGUACGACCAGAACCACUUACUGGGAAGAGCCUAUUUCUGCCUACUAGAGGGUGACAAAAUGGAGCAGGCAGAUGCCCAGUUCAAUUUUGUAUUAAAUCAGUCUCCUAAUAAUAUUCCUUCACUACUUGGUAAAGCUUGUAUAGCUUACAAUAAAAAAGAUUACAGAGGAGCUCUGGCUUUUUAUAAAAAAGCAUUGAGAACCAACCCCCAGUGUCCAGCAGCCGUUAGGCUGGGUAUGGGUCACUGUUUCAUGAAGUUGGGCAACCAAGAUAAAGCCCGAUUAGCUUUUGAAAGAGCUCUUGAAUUGGAUCAAAAAUGUGUGGGAGCUUUGGUGGGUUUGGCUAUACUGAAACUGAACUUGCAACAACCUGAAACUAUUCGAAGUGGUGUCCAGAUGUUGUCUAAAGCGUACACAAUAGAUUCUUCCAAUCCGAUGGUUUUAAAUCACUUGGCAAAUCAUUUCUUCUUCAAAAAAGAUUACAACAAGGUCCAGCAUUUGGCAUUGCAUGCUUUUCACAAUACAGAAAAUGAAGCUAUGCGAGCGGAAAGUUGUUAUCAAUUGGCCAGAGCUUUUCAUGUGCAAGGCGAUUAUGAUCAAGCCUUCCAAUACUAUUACCAAGCGACCCAAUUCGCUCCAAUAGCUUUUGUGCUGCCUCAUUUUGGUCUGGGACAAAUGUACAUCUACAGAGGUGAUACGGAAAAUGCUGCGCAAUGUUUUGAGAAAGUUUUGAAGGCUCAGCCUGGUAAUUAUGAAACAAUGAAAAUCUUAGGUUCUCUUUACGCCAAUUCCACCUCCCAGUCCAAACGGGAUAUUGCCAAAAAUCACUUGAAGAAGGUCACGGAGCAGUUUCCAGAUGAUAUUGAGGCCUGGAUAGAGUUAGCUCAGAUUUUGGAACAGUCUGAAAUACAGGGCUCGUUAAACGCGUAUGGCACAGCGAUUAACAUUUUGAAAAAGGAUGUUCAAGCGGAAAUACCCACUGAGAUAUUAAAUAAUGUGGCAGCUCUACAUUACAGGACUGGUAAUUUGGAGGAAGCUAAAAAAACCAUUGAGGAGGCUCUCCACAGGGCCAAAACGGAGGCGGAACACGAUCCCCAGUAUUACAAUUCGAUAUCCGUCACUAUAACCUACAAUUUGGCGCGGUUAAAUGAGGCCCUAUGCUUAUUUGACAAGUCGGAGAAGCUUUACAAAGAUAUCUUGAAAGAGCAUCCGAAUUAUGUUGACUGUUACUUGAGGUUAGGUUGCAUGGCCAGGGACAAGGGUCAAAUUUACGAGGCCUCCGACUGGUUCAAGGAGGCGCUCCUGAUAAAUAACGAGCAUCCGGACGCGUGGUCCUUAUUGGGCAACCUGCAUCUGGCGAAGGCCGAAUGGGGACCGGGACAGAAAAAAUACGAGCGUAUUUUAAAAAACCCCGCCACGUCUCAGGACUCGUACUCGCUCAUCGCGUUGGGUAAUGUGUGGCUUCAGACCCUACACCAGCCGACCAAAGAUAAGGAGAGAGAAAAACGGCACCAGGAGCGGGCCCUUUCCAUGUUCAAGCAAGUGCUGAAAAUCGAUCCGAAAAACAUUUGGGCCGCUAAUGGAAUCGGGGCCGUGCUGGCCCACAAGGGCGCCGUUAACGAGGCCCGCGACAUUUUCGCGCAAGUCCGAGAGGCUACGGCCGACUUUUGCGACGUCUGGCUGAACAUCGCUCACGUCUACGUCGAGCAAAAGCAGUUUGUCAGCGCUAUUCAAAUGUAUGAGAAUUGUCUUCGCAAAUUCUACAAAUACAACAACGUGGAGGUGCUUCAGUACCUGGCCCGCGCUUAUUUCAAGGCAUCGAAACUGAAGGAGGCGAAGAUGGUGCUGCUGAAAGCGCGUAGGGUCGCCCCGCAGGACACCGUCCUCCUCUACAACAUUGCGUUGGUGCUGCAACGUCUCGCCACGCACAUCCUCAAAGACGAAAAGUCGACCCUGCAAACCGUGUUGCAGGCCGUCCACGAGUUGGGCUUGUCGCUCAAGUAUUUCACGUACUUGUCCGAAUUCGGCGACAAGAUGCGCUACGACGUGAACUUGGCCGGACUCGAGGCGCGUCAGUGCAAGGACCUGCUGUCGCAGGCGCAGUACCACGUGGGGAGAGCGAGACGCGUCGACGAGGAAGAGCGACAGUUGCGCAGGAAGCAGGACGAGGAACGUACGGCGUUCAAGAUGAAACAAAUGGAGGAGCAGAAACGGCGCGAGGUCGAACGGCAAUUGACCAAAGAGCAGACGCUCCAAAAACGGCAGGAAUACAAGGAGAAAACGAAGAACGCGCUCCUCUUUCAGGAAAUGCCGUCGGAGAAAAAGGCGAAAGGUAGAGGACGGAAGGAAGUUUACGUGUCGGAUUCGGAGAGCGGGCAGGAGAAUCGCGGCGACGGCGAGCCGCGCAAAGAGAAGAAAGAAAGAGGCAGGAAGAGGAAGAGGAGCGGUGACCGGAAGAAGGGCGGAGGCGGUCGCGGACGGAAACACAGGCGAGAUCAUAGCGAUUCCGACGGGAGCGGCAGCGACGCACCCAAGGCGCGGAAGAAGGGCAAGAAAGAAAAGGGGAAAUCGAAGAAGCAGUCGGACGAGGGGCUCACAUCGAAGCAGAAGUUGCGCAUCGUCUCCAAGGCGACCAUUUCGACCAGCGAGGACGAAAGCGACGACCAGAAGCGUAAAGUCGCCAGCAGCGGCGACGAUAGCGACAGAGGGAAGAAGAGUAAGAAGGGGAGGAUAAUGUCCGAUUCGGAGUCGAGUCGGUCCCGCAGUAGGUCUAGGUCCAAGAGUCGGUCAAGGUCGAAGAGUGGGUCGAGAUCAAAAAGUCGUUCGAGGUCGAAGAGCGGGUCAAGAUCGAAGAGUCGGUCGAGAUCAAAAUCUAAGAGCCGUUCCAGGUCAAAGAGCCCGUCUCGAUCCAAGAGUAGGUCGAGGUCUAAGAGUCCAUCCCGGUCAAAGAGUAGGUCGAAAUCGAAGAGUCGAUCAAGGUCAAAGAGCCCGUCUCGGUCCAAGAGUCGGUCGAGGUCUAAGAGUCCAUCCCGGUCCAAGAGUAGAUCGAAAUCGAAGAGUCGUUCCAGGUCCAAGAGUAGGUCAAAAUCUAAGAGCCGUUCCAGGUCAAAGAGCCCGUCUCGUUCAAAGAGUCGGUCGAGGUCUAAGAGUAGGUCAAAAUCUAAGAGUCGCUCAAGAUCAAGGAGCGCAUCGCGGUCCAAGAGUCGGUCAAGGUCAAAGAGCCGCUCUAGGUCGAAGAGUCGUUCGAGGUCAAAAAGUCGCUCUAGGUCCAAGUCUGGAUCCAGCCGGGAUGGAAGAUCAAGGUCCGCGUCACCUGCUAAAUCAUCCCGUUCCAGAUCGAGCUCCAAGAGCGAUUAAACAUGUACAUGUACCGUUUAGACUGUUUUAUCUUAAUUAAAAUACAGAGUUUCUAUUGGCAGUCCGAGUCAAUUUAAUUUC